AUGAACGAAGACCUCCUCCUCUUCCGCCUACCAACAGAACUCCGCAUUCAAAUCUACGACUACAUCUUCUUCUCGCACAUCCGAGACCCUCCAAUCCUGGACAGCAACUGGCUCCAACGUCCCGCCACGUAUAAAAGAUGUAUGCGUCUCUGGAUCGAAGGAGAAGACCUCCUCGCACACCGCAACUGGCUGAACGACUUCCACGCCGAACCAUUGUUGUCGGAUUCCCAUGCUGUCCUUCGAACAUGUCGACGGAUCUACGCAGAUGCGGGAGCCUACCUGUACGACAACACGCUCUUCAUGCUCUUCACGAGUACCAAGUACUCCCGUCUUGUCCAAAAACACGGAAGCUCCGACUCGCCUCGGCUUCGACCGCGCAGUCCUUCUGAGGUACCUUCGCCACUCCCGCUCAUGGCUCCGGGGACAGUGUCGGUCUACAGCCGCAAAUACGACCAUCUCGAUCCGAAUCGUGUUCCACGCUGGAAGAAAACCCGAUACUGCUGGGUGUUUCAAGAGCCCCCCAGAGUAACAUUUCUCGGAAGACUAGGUGACCCAGAGUCGUUCUUUCUCCGCCACGCCCGUCACGUACGAAUCGACGCUUCGGUGAAGACACCUUCCAUUCUGGCCCUCGUGAUGAGACAACUCCAGAACGUCGCAUCUGUCCUUCCGCAGGACCUAGGAGCGAUGGAAGCACGGCUCCACAUCCAACUCGAUGGACCGAAGCAGAGAUCCCUCGAGCCGCGGAUUCCGUGGACCAGCAGGCAGAACUUCCUGAAAAUGGUGAGACUGUUUGAAGGGAAUUUCGGUAUCUCCAUUUUUGCGACGUUUUGGUUGGUGGCGUUUGGGAGACCUUUCUUGUACACAUUGCUGGACUUGCGCGGGGAGCGAUGCUCUGUAUAUCCGAAUAUAAAGAAGGGACUGUAUCAUCAUCAGCUAGAGGAGCUUCGAAGACUGCUCGACAAGUGGGAAAUCUCUUGGUGUGGGGAAUGUGAGGAUUGCCUUGCAAGAGAAGCAAAGCGACUGGUGGUCUGUAAGGACGAGUCUGAAGUGGGAAUACAAAUACAAGAUCCAGAGCUCGAUAGGAUCCUGGGGAUGUAUAGGCAACUCAUUAUCGAUUAG